ACAUCUUGAUGUUUGGUUAAGGACUCUCCGGUCCCCAAGUCGUCGUUUGGCUGUUCCUGUUAAAUCCCGGGGCCCCUAUCGAACCGAAACCAGCCCAGAGUACACUGGUACCCUAACCCGAUACCGGCACCUGCAUAUACCUGCAUAUCGAGGGUUGUGGACCCUUGAUGUUACCAACAGCCAGCAGAAAAUGUCCGCCAUCAUCUCUUGGUUGCUGACAGUCCUGGGCUUGCUGCUUCUGCUCGGAGCGUCUCCCUGCAGCAGCAGCAAGAUUCUCGUCGUUCCUGUUGACGGCAGCCAUUGGGUCAACAUGAAGGUGAUCCUGGAGGAGCUUCACUCCAGGGGCCACAAAAUCACCGUCUUGCGCUCCGCCAAGAGCUGGUACAUCGCCAGCAACUCCUCCUUCUACACCUCCAUCAACGUGCCAAUGCUGGAGGAUGAGGCAGACAGGGAGUUCUACCACAAAAUGAUCCAGGAUGUCUUAGAUUGUCGCAGAUAUCCUGCUUUUAUUCGGACAUUUUGCCAACAGGAAUUGAUGACGACUGCAUUUUCAGAUGGCCAUGGGAUUCUGGCAAGAGCAGCAGCGACUAUUUUGGAAGAUCAAGCUCUCAUGAAAAGGAUCCGAGAUACUGAGUAUGAUCUUAUGCUAACAGACCCUGCUCUGCCUUUAGGAGUUAUUCUGGGAGGUUACUUGAAGUUACCAAUGGUGUUUAACGUGCGAUGGAUUAACUUGGGGGAGGGUCAUUUGACCGUAGCACCCUCUCCUCUGUCCUAUGUCCCGAUCUCAGGAACCGAGCUUCAUGAUAAAAUGGAUUUUCUAGAUAAGAUCAAGAACGUGUUGCACUACCUCCAUACUGUAGUUGAGCAGCAUUUUAUCGUUAACCCUGCUUAUUCAGAUCUUUUUAAACGCUACUUUCCUCCUGGAACAGACUUGCUGUCUCUACAGCAUUCAGCACACAUCUGGUUGUUACGGGCAGACUUUGUCUUUGAGUUCCCUAGACCCACUAUGCCUAAUGUGGUGUACAUCGGGGGCUUCCAGUGCAAGGAAGCCAAACCCCUCCCUGAUGAGCUAGAAACAUUUGUCCAGAGUUCUGGGGAACACGGGGUGGUGGUCAUGUCUUUGGGGACUCUGGUAUCAGCGCUUCCUCGUGAAACCACCGAGGCCAUCGCUGCUGCUUUUGCUCAGCUCCCUCAGAAGGUGAUUUGGCGUUUUGUUGGGGAAAAGCCAUCUUCACUUGGAAAUAACACUCGUCUUGUCGACUGGUUACCCCAGAAUGAUCUCUUGGGUCACCCUAAGACUCGUGCCUUUGUUGCUCAUGGAGGAACCAAUGGCGUGUAUGAGGCCAUUUACCACGGAGUCCCUGUUGUGGGUCUACCGCUCCUCUUUGAUCAAUUUGAUAACCUUCUCCGAUUGAAGGCGCGCGGUGCAGCUCAGGUUAUGGAAGUCACAUCCCUGAACAAGGAGAACUUCCUUGAGGCUCUAAAUGACAUCCUCAACAAUCCUACCUACCGCAAUAAUAUUCAGCGUCUCUCUGAACUCCAUCGUGACCGGCUAAUAUCUCCCUUGGAAACGGCCAUCUUCUGGAUCGAGUACGUCAUCAGGAACAGAGGGGCGGACCACCUCCAAUCAAGAGGCUUUGACUUGCCGUGGUACUCCUACUUCUGCCUGGACGUGGCUGCUUUCUUUGUGACUGUAAUCGGAGCCUUCAUCUGGGUCUCAGUCUCAGUUUGUAGGUUUCUCUGCUGCAGGUGGUCCAGGAGAAAGAUGAAAGCAGAAUAGCAACUGGAACCAAAGCAAAGAUUAUCGAUGAUUCCUCUUUAUUAAUUUAAGAUGUUUGACUUAUUUAUAUGCAUGUCUGCCAAGUAUUAUAGGAUAUUGAUCAAAUGAUGAACUGCUGUGAAAUCCUGGUAAUGAACAAUUCAUUAAUAAAUAAAAGCAACCAGCGUUUAUCACAACUGUAUAAGAAAUGUAAGGAAUGCUAAAAGGUUUACAUGUAAAUAAAGUCAUAAUUCACCAA